AUGUCUCUAUCCAACCUUCGAUCCUUUGCAUAUAACAUUCUAAAAAAACUUGGUGAUGUAGUUGUCAAAGAUAGACAUUUUGUCAAAAUAGGGUUGUGUGGAGAAUGUGGAAAUGAAAUCCUUGGACUUGUUUAUGAGCCAUUCACAAUCCUUGCCUGUGGACAUAUCUACCAUAGAAAAUGUAUCAAGAAAAAUUUUCUAUCGAACAUAUGUCCCACUUCUGAUUGCAAUAAAUCUGUCGAUCCUGUGGCCACUGAACGAAGAUUUUCUCAAUCGUCUCAGUCAAGCACUUCAUCAAUAGUUAGGAGAAUGAUAAUCUCCCUGGAAAUUUUGGAGCCGGUCAUAUUAUUGCCAUGUAACCAUGUUGUGCAUUUCGAAUGUAUUGACAAUAAGCGUAAGCUAUGUCCCGAAUGCCCAUCUAUUGACGAUCUGGAAAAAGAAGGAUAUUAUAUCUCGCCUACUGUUUUAGUCGAUGAAACACCCAAGAAAAAAAGGAAGAUGCAAGAAGGGGAUACUCGUAAAACAAGCGCUCCUUCUGAAACCACCAAUAUUGGUGAAAUAUCUAAUCAAUUCCAUAAAUUAUACUAUGACGUUGAUAUUGCUGAAAAGAAAGGUGAUCAAGAGAACCAGGAUGUAAUUCAAUGCUACUUCCGGUUUGGGAGAGCUCUAUCAGAACAACUUGCUGUAUUGUUAAAGAAUAACCCCCCACAGACAGCACGUACAAAGUUAAAUAAAGAAGUUAAGGAAAAGCUUCCAAAAAAAACUAAAGAUACUAUGGUGUGUAAAAGAACAGAUACGGCUAGAAAAAUUUAUGACAUAUUUAAUAAGAUCAGAGAAGAUAAAAUCCUGAAUAUUAGAUCUUUUACUGCAUCCAGUUUUUCUGAUCUAACUAGAGAUGAGUUUAUACGCUUGGUCCUGGCUAGACAACUUAAAUCAAGAAAAAUGGACGAGAAAGCUGAUAAGAGAGUUCAUAGAACCUUUCAGGAAUCCAAUACAGGGGAACCCAAUAUAUGUUCCGUUUGGUGUCGAGGAGAAGAUGGUAAAACCACCACAUUGUCGACCAAUUCCAAUAAUAACCAUAUGGGACACAGUAGCCCUUCUUUGGACAAUCUACAUCAUGAAAAUGAAGGAUUUCGAGGAAAUGGAACUUCAAAAUCAGAAAAAAUAACUUUCCAGAAUGCUAAUUGUCUUGGCCGACAAAAUCACAAUGAUGAAUACGGAAAGUUCGCAUCUCCCAACAGCAGUAAAUAUAAUGAUUUCAGCGGAAAAGGUGAAGAUUGUAAAAUUUAUGUUCGGGGCGUCAGUCCGCAUGUCACAAAAGAUCAACAAUUCAGCAGUACUGUUGAGGGUAAAAUCUAUACCAAUCCUACAAUUGUGCCAUUUGAAUGUUGUCCAAACAUGGAGACAAUCCAAUCAUCGCUAUUUUCCUUUGGGCAACUGCGCCGAAUUGGUACCUUGGCAGGCCAUGCAUGGACGAAAGAAGAACCGAAAACACCAUGUCAUUUUGUGGUCCCAAACAUUCAAUCUAUUGAAGAAAGAAUUUCGGAAACCAUGUCUCCAGUGCCGAAGGGUGAAGAGCAGGAUGAACCUCGAGAAGGUCACAAUAAUCCGAAGUCUCCACUUAUGAUAGUUGAAAUGAUCGCAAAUAAAUCAGAUCGUAAACGCGUUGCAAAUUCUCUUAACUGUAAACUCGAACCCGGAGAUUUUUCUGGUUGUAUUUGUUAUAUGGAACAAGUUAAAGAGUAUUAUGGUUUUGAUCAUAUAAUCAUCAUCGGAGAACUUCAUGCUGGAAUUCUUUUUUUGGAUUGUUACAGUCGUGUGUUCAUAUGGGACUCAAUGUGUUAUGUUUUAUGGAUGCUUGGGGAUUAUUGGAAUGAGGCAACAAAGACUAGCCAAACAAAGUGGGGUUUAGAGAUCGAUUGGACUGUUGUCAGAUUUGAAGAAUUUAUGAAUGAUAGCAAAGAAAAUACUAGUAUCGAUGAAAAGAUUGCCACAUCUCAAGCAAGUAUACCAUCCCCAUUCCAGAUAAAUGCAUCUAACAAAAUCCGACCUCCAAUCUCUAUUUUACCCAAUGAUCCAGAAGAGAAGCAAAAAUCCAUUAUUAACAAAGUGCUAGAGCAGUUUCCUUAUUUAUCUUUUAAUUACAGUAAUAAGUGUGGCAAUUACUUUACUUGUUCAAAGAUAUGUAAUAAAGAUCACAAGAAAGAAGAUGUAAAAGGCGAAUGGGGUAGUGGUGAUUAUGUCAAUACAAAUACUUAUCAUAUCAAUGGUUAUAAGAAUUAUCAAAAUUCAAUCCAAAUAGUAACAGUGAAAGCAUAG